CAUUUACUGUUGCACUAAUUUUAAUUUCUAAUCUUAAUUUCGUCUUAUCUUACAGACUAAAUAGGGCAAAUAAGUGUCCUUAACAGAGAUCGUUUUAAAUGGUAGAAUAACAGUAAAAGAUUUUUAUUUCAUUUUUCAAACUAGAAAACGGAUCAUAUGAUGAAUGCAUGAUAAAUUGUGUCACAAUUAUUGGGAAAAACUAAAAACUGGAUUUUAGAGUAAACAUAAAGCUUUGGAUUUGUGACUGAUGAAUUCCAUUUCGGUAACAAAUUUGUGCCUUCUUUUGUUAGGAAUAUGUUGUUUUAAAACAGUCAGCGGACAAAUUGGCGGAUGGUCGAAUUGGAGAUGUGAGAAAAUAGGAGAUAUUUGCUAUCGAACUCGCACUUGUAAUUCAUCCAUUGAUUUCAAUUGCCCAACUAAAUCUGAAGUUAAUCAAACCGCAUGCCCAUGUGUUGCAGACACAUCUUCUGUAAGCGGACAUGAUGGUGUAUGGUCUGAUUGGAGGUGUGAGCAAACUAAAGAUAAUUGUUUUAAAAUUCGCACAUGUAACUCAACCAUUGAUUCCAAUUGCCCGAAGAAAAAUGAAAUACAUUUUAUAAAAUGUCCCUGUGAUGCAGAAUGGACGCAAUGGGGCAAUUGGGCAUGUACUCAAAACCAAGAUGUAUGUCUGAAUAUACGUCAGAGAAGUUGUAUACGUGGAUUUAAAGAAACUAGUUGCUCUGAGCUUCAUGGCAAAGACUUUGAAACGGUCCAGUGUGAUAGUGAUAAGCCCUGCAAAAAUUUUUCUUCCGUUAGCAGUCAUGAUGGCGGAUGGUCUAAUUGGCGUUGUGAGGAAGAUGAGAACAAUGUUUGCUAUAAAAUUCGCACAUGUAAUUCAACCAUUGAUUUCAAUUGUCCAGAUAAAAGUGAAGUAAAUAUCACCACAUGUCCUUGUGUUGCAGAAUGGUCGCCAUGGGGCAAGUGGACAUGUACCCAAAGCGGAAAUAUAUGUUUGAACAUACGUCAGAGAAGUUGUAUCAGUGGAUUUACAGACCAAACUUGUUCAACUCUUCCAGGGAAAGACUUUGAAACGGUUCCAUGUGCAAAUAACAUGACAUGCACAAUAACAAAUACAACACCUACAACUCAAGUCGUAUCUACAUCUACAAAGGCAAUUACAACAACAACACAGAAACCAUUUAACUUACCAGAUGCAACUGCAACCACUGCGGCAGUUAGCCUAGGUUCAAAGUACUCACCUACCAAAGACGCUACUACAAAUAUAUUCAUGGUGUCAACAAUUUCAAGUCAGAAACCCGCUUCUACACCUGCUGCGACAUCUAUGUCGAUGCCUUCAUCUACACAACUCGAGCCGACGCCAUCUACUCCAACAACCGCGUCAUUGACUAUGACAUUACAUCAAACAACCAUUUCAACAAGCACGUCAUCCAGUAACCCGUUAAGUGCAAGUAAACCCACGGUAGAGUCGUCAUCAGCUUAUAUUUACUGGUUUGAAUGGACGGGAUGGGAAUGCAAAAAUGUCACUAUAUGUUUGAUGUCUCGCACACGAAAUUGCUCCACGUAUAAUCCCGCUGAUUGUGAGGAGAAACUUGAAGGGAAACAUUUCCAAGUGGAACCUUGUAAGAAAGAAAUAUGUCCAGUAACUUGGUUGGAAUGGAGUAGUUGGACAUGCAGAAUAGAGAAAGGUGGAUCGUGCAACAAAACCCGGUCUAGAAAAUGCUCAACUGGUUCUGAUGCUCAGUGCGGAUUUGACUCUCUUCAACGUGAACAAUGUGAUGAUGUCACGUGCCCCGAACUGACAAAACUUGGAAAGCUUGGCUAUUGUAAGGACCUCGACAAUUCCAAAUGUUCUGACGCCGACUCAUGCGAAAAUCAAAGCAUACUGCUAAUGUGUUUAGCAGAUGCCCACGUAGCAAGCAAGAUUUGCCCAAAAGCAUGUGGCUGUUGCCAUGUUGAUCCUGAAUGGUCACGUUGGAGUAAUUGGACGUGUGAAAGAACAAAUACUAUGUGUAGAAUGAAACAGAGUAGAACAUGUUCUACUGGAAAUACAACUGAGUGUGAGGGCAUAUCAGUAAGAGAGGCUGUUUGCGAUGAACGUCUUUGUCCAGAACCAACAUGGCAGUCCUGGAGUGGCUGGGAGUGUCAAUUAAGGCAAAAUAAUACAUGCAAAAUGAGUCGUUAUAGAAAAUGCUCUGAUGAAGACUUUUGUAAUGGAGAGAAUCAUGAAGAAGAUGAAUGCUCAAGCGAGGUGUGUCCAGAUUUCGUGGAUUUUAAAGUUGACUGUAGUUUGCAUAAUACUAAAUCUGACGCAUGCGUAGAUGGAGCAGGCUGUCACUACUUUAAAAACACCCCGAAAACAUUAUGUGUUGAUGAUGCAGCGGCAUGUCCCGUAACUUGUGGCUGUUGUAUACCUUCUAUUUCGUCUGUUGACAAAACAACCUCAGCACCAUCCAUCGUUAAUGGUUCAAAUGGAACAGGCUCCGAAAAUACAACAAACAUUACAAUUGGCGUGACUACACAAAACCCAUCUGGAUCCGGCGGAAAUGGUUCAAAUGGAACAGACUCCGGAAAUACAACAAACAACACAAUUUGCCUGACUACACAGAAUCCAUCUGGAUCCGGUGGAAAUAGUUCGAAUGGAACAGACUCUGGAGUUAUAACAAACAACCCAAUUGGCGUUACUACACAAAAUCCAUCUGGAUCUGGUGGAAAUUGUUCAAAUGGAACCGGCUCUGGAGUUAUAACAAAUAAGCCAAUUGACGUGACUACACAAAAUCCAUCUGCAUCCGUCGGAAAUGGUUCAAAUGGAACAGACUCCGGACUUACAACAAAUAACCCUAUUGGCGUGAUUACAAAGAAUCCAUCUGGAUCCGGCGAAAAUAGUUCGAAUGAAACAGGCUCUGGAGUAACAUCAAAUACCCCAAUUGGCGUUACUAUACAAAAUCCAUCUGGAUCCGGUGGAAAUGGUUCAAAUGGAACAGGCUCCGGAGUUAUAACUAAUAACACAAUUGGCUUGACGACACAAAAUCCAUCUGGAUCUGGUGGAAAUGGUUCAAAUGGAACAGGCUCCGGAAUAUCAACAAAUAACCCCAUUGGCGUGAUUACACAUAAUCCAUCUGGAUCUGGCGGAAAUGGUUCGAAUGGAACAGGCUCUAGAUUUACAACAAAUAACCCUAUUGGUGUGACAACACAGAAUCAAUCUGGAUCCGGUGGAAAUGGUUCAAAUGGAACGAACUCCGGAGUUAUAACAAAUAACCCAAUUGGCGAGGCAACACAAAAUCCAUCUGGAUCCGGUGGAAAUGGUUCAAAUGGAACAGGCUCCGGAGUUACAACAAAUAGCCCUAUCGGCGUGAUUACACAAAAUCCAUCUGGAUCCAGCGGUAAUGGCUCGAAUGGAACAGGCUCCGGAAUUACAACAAAAAACCCCAUUGGCAUGACUACACAGAAUCAAUCUGGAUCCGGCGGAAAUGGUUUGAAUGGAACAGGCUCCGAAGUAACAACAAACAACUCAAUUGGCAUAAGUACACAAAAUCCAUUUGGUUCCGGCGGAAAUAGUUCAAACGGAACUGGCUCUACAGUCACAACAAAUAAUCCAAUUGGGGUUAUUACACAAAAUACAUCUGGAUCCAGCGGUAAUGGCUCGAAUGGAACAGACUCCGGAGUUACAACAAAUAAACCUGUUGGCGUGACUACACAGAAUCCAUCUGGAUCCGGCGAAAAUGGUUCGAAUGGAACAGGUUCCGGAGUUACAACAAACAACCCAAUUGUCGUUACCACACAAAAUCCAUCUGGAUCCGGCGGAAAUGGUUCAAAUGGAACAGGUUCCGGAGUUACAACAAACAACCCAAUUGGCAUAACUACACAGAAUCCUUCCGGAUCCGGUGGAAAUGGUUCUAAUGGAACCGGCUCUGGAGUUACAACAAAGGACCCAAUUGCCUUUAUCACACAGAAUCCAUCUGGAUCCGGCGGAAAUGUUUCGAACGGAGGUACAACAAAUAACCAUAUUGACACGACUAUACUGAAUGCAUCUGGACCCGGCGGCCCCAUUAGCGUUACUACAAAAAAUCCCUCUGGAUCCGGUGGAAAUGGCUCGAACGAAACAGGCUCCGGAGCUUCAACAAAUAGCCAAACAGUAGCGCCAACUCCGUCACCUACCAAAACAACAACAACUACUCAAAAACAGCCGCACACACCAACACCUGCAGCAGUUACGUGCAAUGUAUGCGCUGGUCCCGAGUUCCUAUGUGAAAAAUUGUUUGCGCCGCAGACAUGCAGUCCCCCAAAUAACUACUGCAUAAACAAGCUUACCAACCAUAUAGAUGGGACAAGGAUGGUUACAAGACAUUGCGGCAACUUUGACACCUGCUACCGUGAGUGGUUCUUAGGAAGCUCUGACAGCGACAAAUGCCGUAACUUUGAGGACAACAACAUUAUCACCUUGGACUUUGAUUGUACAUAUUGCUGUACUUCAGACAACUGCAAUAAACCGAUUAAGCCCUUGGACAAAGACCUGUACAAGGACUUGUAACAAAUGUACCAAUU